GAGCACACAAGCCCGCUUAUGUAAGUAAAUAAAUAAAUAAAUUUAACUAAAAGUUGUAAGAAAUUACCAACAAAAAGUUUAAAAAAAAGAACACCUAUUCAAUUGUUUCACUCUUUGUGUGAGAAAUGAACUGAAUGUUCAGAGAAAAGAAUUGAGGAAGUUUGUUUUGAAUGGGCUUUGUCCCCUAUUUCAAAAAUCUUUUUCACAUCUUUGUAAAAAUCACCUGCCUCCUGAUUGUUUUCCGGUAUUCUGAAAACGUGGUCUUUCAUUGUAACUAUAGAAUGAAACUCUAAUGUUCCGAAGCAAAUAGCUACGUUUCCCUGAAGUUUAUAAAAAAUAUGAUCGAUAGAGCAAUUCUAACAAUAGAUAUUUUUCUGAUACUGUUGAUUAACAGGUCGAGUGCUACGGUUUUCGCAGUUUUAACUUGAAAGAUUAUCACGGUGGUUGCGAUUUCAUUCCAUUAUUUGUUCUUUUUUUAUUCCUAUAUCGACGGUGUUAACAUUUCGCUGAUAAGAUGCCUAAAGGAAAUUGGAUCCGAUGGCAGGGAUUUUUUGUUGUCCUGGUGUAUCUUCUGGGGCGGCAUUUUUCUGAGUCCGAUCCAAAUCCUCCUGACACCUGUGGCAAUAAAACGUGCGUGAAUUUGGAUGGCAAUAAAACGUGCGUGAAUUUGGAUGGCAAGAAAACGUGCUACGCAGCUGAUCCAACUCCUUACAGAAAUUAUGGCACUAAAGCAUCUUAUCCUGCUGUAUACGAAGAUUAUACAACAUCUUAUGAUUUAGAAGGUUGUGUUCCAAAAGUAUUCUACCUGUUAAGCAGACAUGCAACUAGAUAUCCUGAUAAAGAAUACAUCUUGUACAUAAAUGAACAUUUACCAAGUUUGAAAGAAAAGAUCAUAGCAGCGUAUGAAAAAGGAGAAGCAAAAUUGUGUGAAGAUGACGUCAACAAACUAAGAGCUUGGUCACCAACAAUGACAAAAGGAGAUCAAAAUCAGCUUUCAGCAACAGGUGCAGCUGAGGCGGAAGAACUUGGUGAAAGGUUGAGAAAAAGGUUUCCUCAAAUUUUAGGUAUGAAUUAUUCCCCAGAAGUUUUUGAAAUUGCAUAUACAACUAGAUCCAGGACACAAGACACAGCAGAAAACUUUACACGAGGAUUAAUCACAGAAAAAGAUUACGAAAAAAUAAAUUUCAAUGGAAAAGCAAAUGACACUCUUCUUCAAUUUCAUAAAGACUGUAAAAAAAUUAUGAAAAAAUGCGAUAAUCCCCAAUUUGACGUAAAAGAAGUAGAAGAAUAUGUGAAUGGCACCUUGAUGCAAAAAGCCCUCGACAGCAUUUCAAAGAGGAUUGGUUUCAGUGUCUCAAGUGAGGACAUCACACAUAUGUAUGUGGCUUGUACAUUUGGGCAUGCUUUGAACAUCAGUGAUGCUUGGUGUUCUUUGUUUUCGAAUGACGACAUAAAAGUCAUGGAAUACGCUGAUGAUAUUGAAGACUAUUACAAAAGAUCCUAUGGGAAUGAUGUGAAUUACGAGCAAGCCUGUCCAUUAAUAAAAUAUAUAAUUGACUUAUUCAGAUCUUACGAGAAAACAAAAAAGAAUAAAGUUGCUCUACACUUCUCUCAUGCUGGUGCAUUGACAAGAAUUUUUGCAGCUUUAGGAAUGUUUAAAGAUGAGCGAAAACUAACGGCUGAAGAUUUCUGUGCACUUAACAACAGGAAAUGGCGAACAAGUAACGUUGUGCCGUUCAACACUAACUUAGCCUUUGUUCUAUAUGACUGUAAAGGUAAAUUAAAAUUUUUAACUAUGCAUAAUGAAAAACCAAUCGCAAUUGCUGGAUGUGAAGUGAAUAAAUUAUGUUCUCUAGAAACCUUUUAUGAUGAAUAUAAUUCAAAGGCUACAGAUUGUGAUCUCAAAAAAAUAUGUCAUAUAUGUAAAACGAAAUGACAGACUUACAUAGUGAAUAAUUAGUUUAUCUUUGAUCAUUUUAAGAACUUUGUAAAUAAGAAAAUAAAAUUUGUUCCUUUCAA